AUGAAGAUGAAGAAACGCGUCCUGUGCGUAUAUGACGGCCAAAGGAGGCUGUGGAAAGACGAUAUGAUGCUCGAUCAAGAGUUCGAAGUACGCACGAAAUUGCGUGAUGGCAAGUCCUACGUUACAGACCUGGACGUUCAGACCCUCAACCGCGCAGAUGCCCUGCAUGGUGCCACGAGGGAGGAGAGAGGCCCCUGGAUUCCCGACAACAUUGUUGGCGACGUCAACGGUAUGGGUAUGGAGCCAGCGUCGCUGGACUGGGCUCUCUGA